UGACUUUCACUUCCAGAGAAACAUGCUUGCGGAAAAGGGUUACUGACUCUGAUAUGUUGUACUGAGUUUAAAGUUUCAUUACUAUAUUUCUCAUUUCAAUGCGGUUUGAAAGCUGAAAAUAAUAUGAUCGGUGACGUUACUCUAUUUGUAUUUUCCCUGUUUGAUAUUGGAGCAUUAUUGUUCCUAACAGUGUUUGUUGUUAUAACAUUGUCUGAUCUUGAAUGUGAUUAUUUAAACGCUCAACAGUGUUGUUCAAAGUUGAAUAAAUGGAUUAUCCCAGAAAUGGUUGCUCAAGGAGUGGUUACUGUACUUCUCUUGAUUGAGUGGCAUUGGAUAUUGUUUCUUAUUAAUCUACCCAUGACUUGCUGGCAAGUUUAUAAGUAUCUCACAGUUCCAUCUGGAAAUUUUGGUGUUUAUGAUCCCACAGAAAUUCAUAAUCGUGGCAACUUAAAGCAGCAUAUGAGAGAUUCCAUGAUCAGAUUAGCUUUCUAUUUAAUUUUCUUUUUUGUUUACUUGUACUGCAUGAUAAUAUCCCUUUUGAUGAAAUCUCCAGAUAAUGGUCCAUCUGAUGAAUUUUAAUUCUGUCACUAAGUCAUUGCUGCUUCAUAAUGUUCUUGAUGUGCGAAGCUUCUUUGUUGCUAGAAAGAUCAUAUGUGCCUAACAUGCCUAAAUAUUUAAAUGUGGUGUUCUGAAAUGUUUGUUUUUGAAAAAAAGGUCAUAUGUUUUUUCGGAUAGCUUUGUUUCAUCUGUUUCAUUAUUGCUUUUCAUCUAAAAUCAUUCUGAAGUAUUUUUUGAAAUAUUUCUGGCAAAAUUUUAUUUUUUUAUAUUUAUGAUUCUAAUUAACAUUUUAUAGCAUAUUUCAAAGUAUAAUCAUGGUUGUUCAUUUCUGAAUGUAUUUUAUUGUAUAGUGUGAUUUAUUUGUAAUCUAAAACUUCAAUGAAUUUUGUAAAAGAAAAUAAAUGUUUUCUCAUCUGCUA